AUGGAAUCGGUGGCCACGGGAACCUGCUGCAGUUGCUUGGCGAAUUCCUCGCCCACAAAAUUCAAGGACGCGCCACUGUCGACCAGGGUGAUGGCAAAACGAUCCUCGAUUCGAGCUCGGAAACGAAGAGUCCCCGGGGAGGCCCACCCCGCCACUGAGUGCAGCGAGAGACAGGGCUCGGGCGCUGCUGUGGCUGUUGGGAAAUCCCUCCAUGCUCAGUUCCAAGCUGCAUUCGGCGACACAAGAACUGAUCUCAAGACAAGGGUGUCCUUUAAGUUCAGCACGUCGAGAGGUAUUUAUGGAACUCCGGCUUUCAUAGUAAAUGGGUUUGUGUUGCCUGGCGUUGGCUCUCCCAUGGACUACAAUGGCUGGCGAAAGAUCAUCGACCCACUGGUCGCCGCGGAGAAGGUUGAGGGCGACGAAUAUGAUUCGAAGAACUUUGAGAGAAGUGUUUAUUUGUAUAAAUGAAUCUUCUACUGAUGUACAAUAGUGCUGUAGAAUUAUAAAAUAGGAAAGCUCAGUUAUGGCCUAUGGAUCUCUC